CAAAGGGUAGCUCCGGGUGCGUCGCGUCGCUUUGCCUUCCCCGCUUGCUAUUAGCAACGCCUCCCCCGGGGCUGUGGAGCAAAGACCGAGUUUGCACAAAUAGGAAGGGGAGAGCUUGGUGCCUCCCAGCCGGGACUGCAGGAUCUGCAUUGCAUUGUACAGGGUGGGCUGUUUCUGCAGUGGGCCGUUUCGAUCUUGUGGUUUGUUAAAGGCGAAUUAUAUCCUUAAUAAACUAGAAGGCCAAAGGCACUCCCCGCAUUUAUUUCAGCGUACCCUUUCCCGAGGCAGAAGGGGGAGAUUACAGAAAGUGCGGUUGCCAGCUCUAUAUGGGGAAAUUUCUGAGAUUUGGGGGUGGAGCCUGGAGAGGUUUAGGGAGGGGCCUUAUUAAGAUGCAAUGCCAUAGAGUCCACCCUCCAAAGCAUCCAUUUCCCCCAGGGGAACUGAUCUCUAUGGCCUGCAGAUCAGCUGUAAUUCUGGGAGCUCUCCAGCCACCACCUGGAGUCUGGCAACCCUUUCUCUAUAAGAAUUUCUCAAAUCAACUAGCAACCCGCUUCUUCAAAGGCACUGUGUGGAUCCUUACUAUGCCGUCAUCUUAUGUAGGGGGUAUUUUUUAAAAGUCGGGGAAAGGGGGAAGCGUGAGAGGCAAGCUUGCAACUCAUGUAUUAUUUCUUUCCAUGAAAAAUGAAAUCUUGCCCUCAAGUCAAAGCUGGACUUGGAAGGGCCGUUCUACAGCAAUGUUAGUCUUAGAGGUGCUACUGGACUCUUUUCUAUUUUGCUACAGCAAUGUUGCAAGAGAGCAGAGCGAAUUAAAAAGAACGGGGGAUUAAAAACAAUAGAGGCUCACUAUCUCAACAGAUACAUCAAGGUUGGAAGACAAGCCCCAGCCUCCACAUAGAAUGGUUGUCCCCAAGCCAGAAGAACUGAAGAAGCUCCGGGAAUCUUUCCAGGCCAAGAAGCAAGCAUGUUUCAUCUUGGGCGCCUCGGGUGAGACGGGGAAGGAACUGCUGGCUGAAGUAUUGAGGCAGCAACUUUUCUCCAAGGUGACGCUCAUCGGCCGGAGAAAGCUGGACUUGGAAGGGCCAUUCUACAGCGAUGUUAAACAAGAAGUUGUUGACUUUGAGAAACUGGAUGAAUUUGCUGCUGCCUUCCAAGGCCAUGAUGUUGGAUUCUGCUGCCUGGGCACGACCAAAGGGAAAGCUGGAGCGGCUGGAUUUGUGCGGGUCGACCGGGAUUAUAUUCAGCACUCUGCAGAGUUAGCCAAAGCUGGCGGAUGCCACCACUUCAUCUUACAGUCAACUAAGGGAGCAGACCCCUCCAGCUCUUUCUUUUACCUUCAGGUUAAGGGUGAAGCGGAGUCCAGGGUGAAAGCAGUGGGGUUCGACCGCUGCUCCAUAUUUAGACCAGCGGUGCUGCUGUGUGAUCGUCAGGAGUCUCGUCCUGCUGAGUGGGUAACCAGGAAAUUCCUCGGAGCAAUAGCCUACAUCAGCCCCACGUUUUACUCCGUGCCCACCGUGACGGUGGCCCGGGCAAUGGCGAACAACGUAGUGAUGCCAGCAAAUGAUAACCAGAAGGUGGAGGUGCUGGAGAAUGCAGACAUACAUGCACUGGGGAAACACUAAGUAGUUGGGGGGCUUGUUCCUGGAUAACAGAGCUGGUGGAGGGCGCUGUAUCAAUCCCAGUAUCCCAGUCUUGUCUGAUCUUCCUCAUCCCCAGUGGCCACCUCUUAAAUAGUGAGGUCUUCCGUAUUUCCUUUUUUUUUGAAAAAAAAAUAAGAUUUUAUUAAUACAAUAAUACAGUCAUAACAUGAUAAGAAUAAGAACAACUAAGGUGAUGCGCAAAAGCCAUUAAUUUUAGCUACAGGGUGAGCAUAUAUUGUGCUAAUAACACAAAGGAAAUUUUCUUCGAAGUUCAUUUUCUGAAGCAAGGCAUGCAAAUAUUCAAUUUCUAAGGAGUCAAAUGCCUUCUGUUUAUCUAAGGCAAGGAUUGCUGAUUGUACUUGUUUUUGUUUACAAUGGGAUAUUAUAUUAAGAGCUUUAAAUACAUUAUCCAUUAUGUCCCUUUUUGGUAAAAAUCCAGACUGAUCCAUAUUUAUAUAUUCACCAAUAUUAUUGCGGUGAAUAUUUUAUAUUCUACAUUAUUGAGGUGAAUAUUUUAUAUUCUACAUUUAAUAGAGAAAUUGAUGUAUAGGAAGCUGGAUUCAUUCCAUGUUGAUAAUAAGUUUGCAUAUUUUUUAAAGAACUCAGCUGAAAAACCAUCAGGUCCUGAGGCUUUGUGCGUUUUAAGAUUUGUAAUAGAGUCUAAAAUUUCUUGCAAGGAAAUGGGAUUUUCCAGUUUCCUUGAAGCCAUUCUUUUGUGAUUCCAUAUUAACCCAACAAACCACUUUAUUUCCAGUGGCUGCCAUUUUGAAUUAAAUUGGAGAGUUACCAAAAGGACAAAUAUUGCUUUCAUGGAUAUUUAGGGAUCAUAAACACGAUCGUGGAUCAUGGAGGAUGAGGGGUAUGCUAUUGGUGGGGCUAGGGCACUUUGGCCCAACCCACCACAGAUCUUUAGUUUUGUGUAUGAAUGUUCUCUUCCCAUCGUGCACUGAGUAAAACUAGACGCCAAAGUGCCUGUGGCUGGAAGAUCAGGUCUGUUCAGAACUCAGCCCAAUCCUAAUCACAGCAAAAAUGUGCCUGUUGGGGAAAGGUAAGCAGACACAUAGGCAGGUGUUGAAGAUUCCUUGAACAGACUUAAAUACUGGAAACGAGUCUGUCUGCAGAAAAAUGCCUGGGAGAAGGGAUGGAGAAGGAAAGAUAAGAAGGGUGGGAAAUGCAGAGCUUUAAAGCAUGCCAUCCAUACCUUCUCUUUAAAUGUUACUGGGGAAGAACCACGUUUACAAAUGCUCCCUUGCUGCCAUCAUAUAUCGUUGGGUCUCCGGUAGGUGUAGCUCUGAGAAUUCCAUGAACAGAGCUUCCAGCAUUUCUCGUUCACUAAAUUCAGGGGCUUGAUUUUAGAUCAAGACCUCAAGGCGAGGAGAAGAUCGCCCCAGAAUUUUUCUCAAUAGGAAAUGCCCAUUGAGGACCCCGGUGGGACAAAUUGUGAGAUUUGUGACUCCCUGGAGCGAUUUAGAUCAGGAAAAUGGAUCAGUGGGAAGGAUUAACACACAUACAUGCACUUCACUCCAUGGUCCUGAUCCAAAUUGUCGCCUUGUGCUCCUGAUGUUUAGAGAAGGAGAAACUGGGAAUUCUGUUCAAGGACCUCUAAACAUCCAUGGCUGUUUCCGCACUACUCACCUUCAUCCGGAACGCUGUGGAAUGUCACGAAAAAAACGCAGAAGAUUGCAUCUUCUCAUGCGAGUUUUGCACGACAUCAUGCAAGACUCGCGCAAGAAGACGCUAUCUUCUGCGUUUUUUCCGCAGCGUUCCGGAUGAAGGUGAGUAGUGUGGAAACGGCCCAUGUCUGAGAUUUUGCCCAUCUAGAUUUUUUUCUAGGAUGUGGGAAAUGUUUGUAUUCAUUGCGAAUUGUACAGGUCUGAUUUGACAUUUUAUAUCUGAGCUUGUGGAUCCUCACCUGUCUCCCCUUAUACCGAAGUGACAACUUUAAGACUAAAUGGAGCUGCCAAAAAGCAAACAGUAACACAUACCAAGACGUAAUCUUAGAAGGGAGGAGUUUAUGAAUUACACUUUUUCCCAAAGCUUUCUUUUUUAAAAAUUUUAUCAUAACACAAAAAACCUAUGAAACAUAAAACAGAAACUAAACAUGCACAUUUAAACAAAAACUAAAAUCAUUCAGAUCAUAUAGUUCACAUAUCUGUAAUAGAACUUGCUUUAUGUAUUCUUGAUUUUUUCACUUCUAUUGAGAUACUCUUCUCUAUCUUUACCAUCUAUCCUCACAUCUAAUGGUGAUUUUUGUUACAAACAUAUAUUGUUGAUCACUUUACUUUAUAUUCUAAUUUGAGCUUAAAUUUAUUCUUUCUUAUUCCUGAUUUCUAACUAAAUAGUCAAAAAAUAUUUCCCAUUUUUCUUGACAUUCUGAGACUGGUCUAUUAUGUAUAUAAGGUUAGUUUCGCCAUCGUCGCAUAUUCAUAUAAUUUGUUCUUCCAUUCUUGCGAGAGUGGACGUCUUUCUGCUUUCUGCUUUGCUGCAGAUACUACUCUUGUCGCCGUCACCAUAUACUUAAAUAAUUCACUGUGCAUUUUUAUAAUAUUGUUUGGCUUUUUUCCAAAGCUUUCCUAUUUUUUUGAAGAUGUAAAAUUUCAGUAUGUUUCUAAAUGACUGUAGCUUCAUUCCCCGAUGUAGCACUAUUGUGCGUUCAAAGGAGGACUCCGCUUAUGGAUAGAUGGAUGAGAGAAGAAAUUGUUAGAGAGCUGAACUUAAAUAUUAUCACCACUCCAAAAUAUUACACUGUGCACUGCGACUGCGUGAGAAGCUUCACAGAAGUCCACUUCAUACAUGAUGUUGUCCCUGCACAUGAACACUAAGGUCAGAUGGGGGAAAAACUCAUACCGUAGUAUAUGCUGCAGGGCUAACAUUAGAAAUGAGAAUUACUGGGCGUCUACUGAGGCUCAUGUUACUAAGAUGGAGGGGUGGACCUGUCACCACCACCCCAGCCCUGCUGGUUCUUCCUGUUGUGUCAAUGCUGACUUUGAGGGAGGGAGCAACGAGCAAUAUAAGGAGCAACUACCACUGGCCACUAUCCUCUAGGCCAUAUUGCAGACUGAGGGCCAAGCUACAAGUGACGAAUGACACUUGAACGGCAAGUGGAUCGAGUGGAAGGCAAGUGAACAGGGAGAAAUAGACUUGCUGUUCAAGUGUCAUUCGUCACUUGUAGCUUGGCCCUGAGGCCAGAGGAACAUGAGUGGACAGCAGGAGGCACUCAAGGAGGGGGGCAUUUAUGGCAUCUUGCCGAUGGCCCUGCAACCUGGACUAUUUUGCGUCGGGCACGCAGCUGCCUUUUGUGAUCUGCUUGGAGAGUCCACAGUGGGCUGCAGUUUCUCAAUGAAUGUACCUGGGGCAAAAACAGACACUUGCAUAAGCUACACACUUGACACUAUACACCUGUGCAAGGGAAAACAUGGUACGAGAAGUGGCUGCAGAAAUCAGGGAAUCAUGCGGACACGGUAUUCUUGCACUAUGUGGAGAUCCCCUAGUUUACUAGCACUUGCUUAGUUUUUAUACUUAAGCAGAAGGGCUUUCAAGGGAAUUCCAAAUGAAAGACUUCUAUGAAUGGUUCAACGGUAAAUAGCAUGGCUGAAAAUGAAAUAAAUGAUGCUUGCCUAGUAUUUUUCAUGUUUUUUUUAAAUUAGGGCCAAGCUACACAUGACAAAUGACACUUGAACGGCAAGUGGAUUGAGUGGAGGGCAAGUGAACAGGGAGAAAUACACUUGCCGUUCAAGUGUCAUUCGUCAUGUGUAGCUUGGCCCUUAGAUGUUAAUUUCUGUGUAUGUUUGUGAAUAUCUUGGAACAGUCAGCCCAGUUCUCUGAAUUAUCAUUUCCCUUUAAAAUCAAUAUUCAUACUGUCUUGAGAGUGGCUGGAUUCCUGGGUUCAGGUAAAUUUAUUUAACUGGGGGCCAAGCUACACAUGACGAAUGACACUUGAACAGCAAGUGGAUUGAGUGGAGGGCAAGUGAACAGGGAGAAAUACACUUGCCGUUCAAGUGUCAUUCGUCAUGUGUAGCUUGGCCCUCAGUGUUACAAAUAUUAAUAACCAAAGUGAAAAUGGCAUCAAAUCACCAACAAACUGAUAGUUUGUGUGAACAUCUGGACUUUGCUGAUUAGCACUUUGGACUUUGCUGAUUAGCGUUUAUUAGACCGAUUAAUUGUUAGCAUUUUUCACAUAUCAGAAACUUCUGCUUUUUUGUGAAAUGUUAUUUUUAAUGCCUAAUACAUUGAAAGUCUCUGAAAUAUCUUAAAUAGCUGUCAUUCCUCUGAAUCCAUCUAUUAAAUAAAGAAUGGUUUAUUUUAAA